AUGUCUCCCGCCUCAAUCCGAAACGAGCAAGACACCGACUCGGACUCUGACGUCGAGUUCGAAGAUGUCCCAAUCUCCCUCCCAAACAGAUCAAGAAACAGGGAAGAUACAGACAUUGCGAUAACCAUCCGCUCGAACCCGCAACCACAAUGGAUACCAACUCUAUCACUCCCACAACAGCGAAGCCAACCCAUCCCCUCCGGCUCCCAGGAGGAAACCCAACUCCGAGGCCAAAUCAGCACUGGCAUAGAGAGAGUUACGUACCGCAAAAUGAAAUCCGACAUGGGCAUGGACGCACCGGAUACGCCCGCGUCGGAACGCAGGUAUGAUGGCUUCAGAGAGCUUGCCGCGGAUGUGGAGGGUCUUAUUGACAUGCUUUGGGCGUCAGCAACACCGGCAAUCCAAACCGAAGCCCUCAUAACCUUAGCAGGCCUAACCCAAACAUCCCUCCCAGCCUUUCCCUUUGAUGCCCCACCAACACUCAACAUCCUCCACAAGCUCGACUCCGUCUUCGCAGCGCUAUGUACAGGCACACACCCACUCACCGACGCUGUUCUUCCCGGCGCACAGCCGGGCCAGUCUCUUGUGACGGAGACGCAGAAAGUGCGGAUUCGGAGUUUGGCGGAGAGAACUAGGUAUCAGGUUUUUUCUUGUUUGGCGAAUUCGAGUGAGAGAGGUAAUGCUACUGCUACUCUUGCUAACGGUCAUGGGGGUGGAUAUGGGGAUGUGGAUGUGGAUAACGAGGACGAGGAAAGUGGCGAUGAGGUCGAUGAGCCGUGGAUGUUGGAGGCCACGCGGGUUUAUGAAAAGAGUCUUAUGUUACUUGCGGAGCAGGAUCCUGAGGUGGAAGCUGGAAUGGAUGAGUUUAACUGUUUGUAA